GACGCAAUACGGCAAAUGGCUAGGCACCCGCUGUAUCAGGGCUCAGGCAUCUGGUGUGGCCGCCUAAGAGGCGGGGCCUUCGGCGGGGGUGCCGGGAAACCCCGUGGGCCGGCGGCGCUCUUCCUUUUCGAUCCGCCAUCUGCGCGCAGGUGGGCCCGCCACCAGGAUGCAGAUCUUCGUGAAAACCCUUACGGGGAAGACCAUCACGCUCGAGGAAUUCCUCCUGAUCAGCAAAGACUGAUUUUUGCUGGCAAGCAACUGGAAGAUGGACGGACUUUAUCUGACUACAACAUUCAAAAGGAGUCUACUCUUCACCUUGUGUUGAGACUUCGUGGGGGUGCCAAGAAAAGGAAGAAGAAGUCUUACACCACUCCCAAGAAGAAUAAGCAUAAGAGAAAGAAGGUUAAGCUGGCUGUCCUGAAGUACUAUAAGGUGGAUGAGAACGGCAAGAUCAGUCGGCUGCGUCGCGAGUGCCCUUCAGAUGAAUGUGGUGCUGGCGUGUUCAUGGCCAGCCACUUCGACAGACAUUACUGUGGCAAAUGCUGUCUGACUUACUGCUUCAACAAACCAGAAGACAAGUAACUGCAUAUGAGGAGUUAAUAAAAGAUGUUAACAUA